GGGCUGUAAUAAUCGAUUUGUGUAUCGUUACGUGUAAACAACAUUUUAUUGUAACUUGUGAUGCGUAUUGUAAUAUACAAAUAAUAAACGUUUUGUAAGACCAACUAUUAGUAGUGAAAAUCAUUCGCUGCUUUAAAUUUCUCAAGCGGCAGAAAUCCAUGAAUAACUUUUACUACACGUUUGAACUUUGAUAUUUUUUGGUAUAGAGGAAAUUUUGUUAACGGGAUUUUGUUGGAAGAUCUGUGAAUUGAAUACUAAGAAAAAAUGAGGGAGAGCAUACGUCUUUUCCGCAUUUUCAUAUGGAAGAAUUGGCGACAGAUUCGAUACUCAUGGGCAUCUCUGUUUUCAAUAUUUGUCGGAUGCUCUGGUAUUUUCGUUGUUUACUUAAUUUCAACAAAUACGCUUUUGACAACGCCCCAAACAACCUACUAUAGACGAGACUCUUACGAUCUUAAGUCGGAUUUUCCUACCAAUGAAGUUGAUCGGAUUUUCUAUGCUCCAAGCACUUCCCAAACAGAUUUACUAAUGGAAGCUGUACGUCAAGAACUUCAGUAUCCAGUGGAUGGGAUAAAGGUCUUUAACGAUUCUGCUGGAAUGGUUCGAGAAAUGGAACGCAGCUGUAAAGGAAAUUGCUAUGCUGUACAUUUUCUUCAUUAUCCCUUGAAUGUAGAAUACGAAAAGUUACAGUAUUCAAUAAGAUCGACGAUUAUACGAAUAUCGCCUAAGAAACGUUAUGUUAACGACGAGGAGGUUGCUGGAAUCAAAGAUGAUGAUGACUAUAUUCGAUCUGGUUUUAUGACCUUGCAACACGUAAUCGAUAAAAUCUUCAUAACAAUUCACAACCCGAGCAACACCAUUAAUUUUGACUUCGAAAUCGCUUCAAUGCCUACGAUUGCCCAAAAGACAAUAGAGUCGCAGCGUAUUAUUUGGGUUGGUUCGUUGUAUUCAAUUAUAUUUAAUGUAUUAUUGCUCAGCACAUUUCUUGUACCUCUCGUCGAAGAAAAACAAAAUGGAAUCAAGGAAUUUUUGGCCAUAGCAACACCUAUGAAUUUCUUAAAUGGAGUUAGCUUUUUCGUGAUCAGAUUAUUGAUGUACGGAGUAUUUACAGCGGUAGUCCUAAUUGCCGGAGGGCUUUAUCAGGCUUUUAGUCCUAUUGUUCCUAUUGUAUACAUCAUAAUCUUAUUCACUCUAUACAUACUUUCUGCGAUGUCAUACACAUAUCUCAUAUCAGUAUUUUUCCACUCAGUAUUCCAUGCAAAAGUUGGCGGACUCUUGCUGCUGGUUAUGCCAUAUAUUCUAUAUUUCUCAAAAGGAGGAUUUUCUACUCUGGCAAACAUUUUUAGCACAAAAACUUUUAUGGAAGGGAUUAAAAAUUUUCAAAUCUUCACGAACAAGUAUCGCGAAGUUGGUCCAAGUGUGCUUAAUAUAAACAUUACGGAAUCCUCAUUUACAGUAAUGGCGGUUUAUAGUAUUUUAAUUGGCCAGUGUUUAAUAUACGCCCUACUAUAUAACUACUUGUCAUACAUUUUCCCUGGCCCCGGAAGUCUGAAAAGAUCGUACCUUUUUCCCAUUAUGUCAUUGUGGAAGAGAAAUAAACCAAGCACUGAAUAUACAACUAGUAAAAUAGGCACAGAUGCAAUUAUAAUUCAAAACCUUAAGAAAGUUUUUAAAAAACCAAGGCGCGUCAUAUCGGAUGAUCUGAAUAUGGUAAUUAAGAACAAACAAAUUACUGUUCUCCUUGGGCAUAACGGAGUGGGAAAAACUACUACGCUGAACAUGAUUAUGGGUUCCGAACAGCAAGAUUCGGGGAAAAUAACGGUUUGUGGAGAGGGCGAGGUUGGCUCCUAUCGCCAUUUGAUUGGAUAUUGUCCCCAACAUAGUGUUUUUAUGCCUUACAUGACUUGUGCUGAACAUUUGAAUUUUUUUGCUCAGGUGCGAGGCAUGUCGGAACAAGAAGCUUGCAAAAUUACGGAUGAAUUAUUAAUUAGGCUUAACUUACAAGACAAAGAAAAUGAGUUCGGCAACUGUCUAUCAGGUGGUAUGAAGCGAAGGUUGUCCCUGGGAAUUGCGAUUGCUGGUAAUACAAAAGUCGUAAUACUAGAUGAACCGUCUUCUGGUUUAGAUAUUGAGUCACGACGUGAGCUAUGGGACAUAUUACUUAAGUUGCGGAAAAUAAAAGCUGUGUUAAUCACUACACAUCACAUGGAAGAAGCGGAAGUGUUAGGUGACACAAUUGCUAUACUAGCUAAUGGACGUGUUCAUUGCUCAGGAUCACCGUUAGAAUUAAAACGUAAGAUCGGACGGGGAUAUGUACUAAAAUUGUGCAUAAGCAACCAUCAGAAUGAACAAGCGAUUUUACAAAUAAUACAACAUGACAUACCUACUGCAAAAAUUUUGACUAUAGUGCCACCUGCAAUGCACAUAAGUUUACCAUACGAAAACAAGAGUGAAUACAGUCAAGUAUUGCAUCAAUUAGAGACUAGACAAGAGGAACUGGGCAUUGACUCAAUUUCUUUAUCUGAUGCUUCGUUGGAGGACGUUUUCCUCAACUGUUUAUACGAAAUUGACGUUGUGGAUGGUAUGGGAACGGAAGAAGAGACACCUUUGUAUAUUCCCUUUGAAACUCGCGAACCUUCGGUAGACUGGAAAGAACAAUUUCGAGCGAUAUUUUAUAAGAAGUUUAUAUUUAUUAAAAAUCAGUGGGCUUAUACAUUGCUAAUGGUGUUACUUCCAAUGUUGAGCCUCGUUAUUGCAUUGGCCCUAAUGCAUUCCAUGUCGCUGGUAACUAAUGAAGACAAGUUGACCUUGAAUCUAACACAUAUCCAACGAGGCAUUAUUUUGAUCGAUGGUUCCAAUGCCGAAAUCGUAGAUAUGUUAAAAACGGAAAUUAAGAAGUAUGAUGGCAUUCAGGUGGAACAUCUAGCUGGUAAAAGAGGCGACAACGUAACAGAUUUGUUGAUAAAUCUGCAGACUGAAAAUCUGGCAUAUUUUUUGGAAAACUAUAUUGGUGUAAUUGAUUUAUAUAAUGAAGACAAUGGCAAUUUGAAAUUCAACAUAUAUUUUUCGGGCAAUAUUUACCAUAGUUCGGUAAUUUUAAUGAACUUAGUUGACGAUACUAUUGCGCGUUGGAAAAUGGGCCAAAAUGCAGGUAUCGAAACAACCUAUGCGCCUAUUAGAAGAUACAUUACGGAUGUAAGCCCGACGCGGUUGGAAUACUUUGCGGUCAUAAUACCCAUAGGACUGUUUUUCAGCAUAUUCUUUUAUGUAGCAUUGCCCUUUCAUGAGCAUGCAAGUGGUUUCAAACAAUUACAAGCAAUACCGCGAUCAGUUUUUUGGCUUUCCACUUUUGCUUUUGAUGCUACACUGCACUUUUUCGUCUGCCUAUUUUUGUGCCUAUUACAAGCACUAUUGAUGCCGAACGAAUUGUAUAGUUUAUCCGAGCAACUUAUCAUCAUUGCGUCUAUAUUUUUCUACGGAUGUAGUUACCUUCCAAUUUUAUACAGCUUGGCAAAUGCUUUCCGUUCGAUAUCUACCAUUUCAACGUAUAUGCUUUUUAUGCUUAUUGUGUCAGCUAUUGUACCCUUAAUAACAUCCGGCAACGUGCGUGCUAUGGAGUAUCACGAAGGAAAAAUUUUUAUACUGAUGCUGCUGCCGGAUUUCAAUUUCAAUCAUCAAAUGCGUAUUUUGAAUGAACGGUUUUUACUUACCCGCCGAAAUGAACUGACAGCUACAUCUGGAUUACCAACAGUUCUUAAUGUUGAAACUUUCUUUUUUGAAGCUAUUGUAGUUUCAAUUAUCGUAAUGACACUGUUUGUGGGCGUUCUAGAGGACAAAUAUAAAUGUGAGCAAAUUAAGGGCCUAUUUAAAUGCUAUCAAUGUCGGCAAAUUACUGUUAAUAACAGCGAGAAUCUCGAUGUGGAUGAAGAACUUGCAACAAAUGAAAAAAUGAUGGUCGCUGAAAUUUUGAGUGAGAAAACUGAAUACAGAUAUCCCUUGCUCGUCAAUAAUUUAUAUAAAUUCUACGAACGUAAAGUGGCAGUAUGUGGUAUAAAUUUUGUUGUAAAAAAACAAGAGUGUUUCGGCUUACUCGGCGUCAACGGUGCCGGCAAAACCUCAACUUUUCAGAUGAUUGCUGCAAAUAGGACUAUUACGGGGGGCACCAUUAAAAUAAAUGGCAUCGACAUCAUAGAAAGCGAGUCAAAAUAUCGUUAUUGUUUUGGUUAUUGCCCGCAAACCGAUUGCCUAAACGAAUUCAUGACAGCGUAUCAAACUUUGUUCUACAUGGCAAAGUUGCGCGGCAUUUCAGAUUCAUCGAAAGCAAAUGAUGAAGUCUUAUAUUGGUUGCAGCAGUUAGAUCUUCGAAAAUAUAAAAACGUAGAAGUGCGUCAGUAUUCUGGCGGAACUAAACGUAAAUUAAACGCGGCAUUAGCUAUGAUUGGCAGUCCUUCGCUUGUAUUGUUGGAUGAACCAACAACAGGAGUGGAUCCGGAAUCUCGUCGUUUUCUGUGGAAAUGUAUAAAGGACUAUCAACACCGGGGAAAAACUGUUGUACUUACAUCGCACAGUAUGGAUGAAUGUGAACAGCUGUGCAAUAGACUGGCAAUAAUGACUGGUGGAAAAUUUAAAUGCUCUGGAUUCGUACCAGACUUGAAAAAGCGUUUUGGGAGUGGUUUUACAAUUAAAAUCAAAUUAAAGUCUGAAGAAGAACAUGUGGUUAAUGACGUAACAGAGGAGUUGAGUAAAAUAUUCACUGAUUGCCAGUUGAGAGAAAAUCAUGCUGGCAUUGUUACAUAUUUUAUUAAGAACAUUAAUGAUCUUAAGUGGUCGGAUAUUUUCAUUAAUACGGAAGCCUUCAGUAGUGAAUGGGCGCACUUUGUUGAAGAUUAUUCAGUUAAUGAAACAACACUGGAGGAUAUAUUCUUAAAAUUUGAAAAGAACAAAGGAAGAACGAGUGAACACCAACUAAGUCAUUCAAAUGAGAUUGAACCAUGAAUCUAGAAUAACUAAAUAUAGUACGACAUUCUCUCAUUUAUAUCAUGUUCUAUUUGUUCGUUUUAUUGUAAUUCAUGCCGAAAAUUCUGCAGUCUAAGAAAAUAUUUUUGAAAACAAAUAUUGUAUACGUCAUGCAGUUUAUAUGAAAAUAUUUAUAUAUACAUACAUACAUAUGUUCAUUUUUUUUUUAAAUAAGAUAUUAAUGUAUAUCAUUUUCUGUAACUAUUUAAAAUUUUAUUACGCAUUAGCAAUAAGGAUGUGAAAGUUCGUCUAAAUUCCUGCAGGUGUAUAUGUAUGAAUAAGUAUUAACGUAGAGAGAGUUGAGAGAUUCGGAAAAAACUCUAUGAAUAAGUAAAAAUCCAUUUUAAAAAAUCAAA